AUGUCGUCGAUAACUGGGGCCACGCUAAUCGAUGCUGAACGGGCCGCCGAAAGCAAUGCCACCGCCUUCCUCGCUGUUAUCUGCGUAUUUUGGAGCCUGGCGUUUGUCACGGCGUGUGUCCGGGUCUACACCCGUGCGAUCCUCGUGCGCUCCUUCGGCAAGGAUGAUGCGUUUAUGGUGAUGGCCGUGCUGUGCGCAGUGGCGGGACUAGCCGCGUGGAUCGUCGAGUGCAAGAACGGAUAUGGUCGCCACAUAGACACAAUACCACGGUCCGAGUUCUCCAAACUCAUGGAGGCGCAGUUCUACCAGUCAGUCUUCGAAGCGGCGUUCGCCUUUGGCCUGCUCAAGAUUUCCAUCGCCUUGUCACUGCUUCGGCUAAGCAAGGGAAGCUGGUACCACAGGAUACUAUGGGCACUUAUCGGGUUUACUUGCUUCUACACCGUCUUCGCCUUCAUUACGUUCCUGACUUACUGCAAGCCCAUUGCAGGCCAAUGGGAUCCGUCCGUUCGCAGGACGAAGUGCUACAGCAGAGCCACGUACAGGAAUUUCGGGCUCUUUAACGUUGCAUGCAACAUACUGACGGAUAUCUCCUUCGCGACGUUGCCGAUACCCCUGAUCUGGAACCUCCAGCUCCAGCGGCGCGUGCGCAUAUACCUGAUCGCCAUUCUUAGUGGCGGUUACUUCGCCGUUGCCCUUGGAAUCGCCAAAGGGAUAUUCAUCAUCGCAUAUGUGAAGGAAACAGAUGGGACAUUCUUCCCAUGGGCGCCAUUCUUGGGAUCACUCCAGCUCGACAUUGGGAUCAUCGCCGCCUGCGCCCCCACCCUUCGACCACUUCUCGGACGCGCACUCAGGCUGUCCAGCACCCUUGACCCUUACCGAGGUGCGAACUACUAUCGAGCUGGCAUGGCUCUCAAUCGACUCCCCGUCACUGGCGAGUCGGCUCGCGGGUACCUAAGACAGAAUACUCGGUCGGGCGACUUCGUCGAGCUGGCCAAGGUCGAAGAGCACUGGACAGCGGCACACGGCGGAGACCAUUUGACUUUCCUUGCAACCACUGUCCACGCCGAGCACGCGACAAAUCAAGGUCAAGGCAGUCGAGAGACCUCGAGCAGCGACAUCGGCGCCGUCUUGCCUCCUAGAGACACUCCCAGGUUCAAGGGCAUUCUCAGGACGAUUGAGGUCCGGGUGGAGAAGUGAAGCCGCGGGCGGAUACCGGCCGAUUCAUCCACUCCAACGGCUGGUACUGUACAACGACAAGCAGCCAAAAGGCGUGUCAGAACGUCAAACUCCAGGAGCCCGCAUCGUAGUGGAGUCCCACCCAUGCGUUUCUGAACAUACCGACUUCGAGAGUUGCUGUGCCACAGAGGAUAAGCUUGGUCGGAUUGGCGCGCCAGGAAAGGACCAAAGCCUACCCAAGUCCAGUCUUUCCGGCCUGAUGCCCCUUGUUUCAGAGGAUAUAUUCCGCACACGGAG